CCGGGCAUGUAACAAAUGCUUAUAAGAGGCUUGUUAGGUGUUAGACGAAUAUGAUUUAUGCAUUUUAAGGGAAAUAUUUAGAAAUGCAGGCGUGGAAACAAAUUCCUUUUUUGAUUGUCCUAAUAGUGGGAGUGGGAGUUGGGGCAGCCAGAAAACUACCAGGAAACCUGAGUGUUCCGGCAGUUGUGAUAUUUGGAGAUUCCAUCGUUGAUACAGGCAACAAUAAUUUCUACACCACCAUUGCUAAAUGCAACUUUCCCCCUUAUGGCCAAGAUUUCAUGGGCGGGAACCCCACCGGCCGAUUUUCCAACGGCAAAGUUCCUUCCGAUCUUCUUGUGGAAGAAUUAGGCAUUAAGCCUCUUUUGCCACCGUAUCUGGAUCCAUCUUUGAGCGAUGAAGAUCUGUUGACAGGCGUAAAUUUUGCAGCCGGAGCUGCAGGAUGGGACCCUAUCACAGCUAACCUCUCGGCAGUGAAAUCGUUGGCGGAUCAGUUAGAAAUGUUCAAAGGGUACAUAGAGAAGGUGAAGAAGAUUGGUGGGGAGCAGACACUCUCCAAAUUACUAAACGAAAGUAUGGUGGCAGUUGUGACAGGCAGCAACGACAUCUCCAACACCUACUUCAUCACACCUUUCCGACGCCUUCACUACGAUGUUCCUUCGUAUGUCGAGCUACUCGUGAGCUAUGCAUCCAGCUUCGUUCUGGAUCUAUAUGGACUAGGAGUUCGUAGAAUUGGCGUUACUAGUCUUCCUCCCGUGGGAUGCCUGCCCUCGCAACGAACCUUGCGGGGCGGACUCGAAAGGAAGUGUGUGGACGAAUAUAAUGAAGUUGCAGAGUUGUUUAACCACAAGCUCUCCGCUCAAUUGCUCUCUAUCAAUGCUCAAUUGGAUGAUGCAUACAUCUUCUUCAUAGAUAUCUACACACUCCCUCUUGAUUUCAUUCAGAACCCGCUCAAAUAUGGGUUCAAGAUCGGGGACAGAGGAUGUUGCGGAUCAGGGACUAUAGAAGUGACUUUCCUUUGCAAGGAUGUUGAAACGUGUGAAAAUGUAAAUGAUUAUGUGUUUUGGGACAGUUUUCACCCUACAGAGAAGGCCUACAGGAUUCUUAUAAAUGAGAUUAUCGACCAAUUCCUCGAAAACAUAUGUUCCACGACAGAGUUAUGUUGAAUCAUGAUAACAAAACACUAUACGAAUGUAAUUUCAAGCAUAGAAGAUCAGUCAUCAAAUGAUUUACAGGGUGAUAAUCAAUACCUAUUACUAUAAAAUAGUAGGGUACUAUAAUUUAGUUUGUGUAUUAUACCCAAACUACAUGUUUAAUUUAAAAACAUUAUUAUUAUUAUUA